ACAGAUAACCUUAAACAUUUAGUAUGUUAGAAAAUAAGUUGACAUGUUUGAAUUUCGAAAAAGAUUUAUUAACAAUUACUAUAAUAAGUAUUAAGUACGUUUCAAUUGUAACAUGAAACAAUUUCUAUUCUCGUUUUACUUUUUGAGACACCAAUGGGCAGUGACCGGUCCCUGUGGCUGCGAUUGUUAGUGUCUUCUUUCUAUCAAAUCAAUUGUCAUUCAUCAGACGGCGGUAUGAACACGGACUUCAAAUUAAUCGAGCAUUGAAUUGGAUUAUUAUUUUAUCAAAUUUGGCUAUAAUGAAUAACUCGCCUCGCUUCAGUUUUAAUGACUUAGUUACAAAACUAGAUGCACCAUUUGAUGUGUUUAAAUUCGACUGCAGGGGUAUAAUAUCAACUACUGAAGCAUUUAAAUUACGUGAUGCGUUAUUAAAAAUGACGUUUAAAAAAAAAUCGUGUGAUCUAUAUUCAUUUUCUCAAUCAUCAGACUUCAUUCGUUCCCCAAAUCUUGAGAAACCUAAGGAAGUGGAACAGUUUUUAAUUUUUCUAAAAGAAAUAAAACAAAAUAUUGCUACAUACUUAGGAAAAAAAUUUAAUAGUAUGAUUAGUGCAUCUUGUUCUAAAUAUGAUCGCGGAGAUUACUUACUCUGUCACGAUGAUCGUGUUGAUGAUAGAUCUGUGGCAUUCAUAUAUUAUUUAAACUAUGAUUGGCUUCCUGAAUGGGGUGGCACAUUAGAUGUUUAUUCGGUUGAUAACAUGAAUUGUGCUAAAGAAAUUGUAAAAAAUAUUAAUCCAGAAUUUAAUUCUAUGAUUUUUUUUCCUGUUGAAAAAUAUACAUAUCACCAGGUGGCUGAAAAUACAUCUGCCUUUUCUCGUGUUUCCAUUAAUGGUUGGUUCCAUUGUGAUGAGCUGUCUUGGGAAAUGUAUGACCAUCCAGUGAAAUGUCUAUCUCCAAUUUAUACACCACAUUUAAUUUCUCCUGAUAGGGUUAAGACAGCAUUUGAUGUCUUUAUAGACCCAAUGUAUCAAGAUAAUAUGUAUAGAGAAGCUGUUCGUGAUAUAUUCAUUAGAGAUGGAUUUAUAAUGUGUGAAGGAUUUUUCAAACCAUGUAUGGUAGACAUUUUAAGUAAUGAAAUUUUUUCUAAUAGCAUGAAUUGGAAAAUUAAAGGACCUUUAAACAAAAGGCAAUACAAACAUGUAGAUAAUAAAGAAUUGCCUAACUCAAUUCUAUUUAUUGUUAAUAUGUUAAAGACUGAUUGCAUGUUUAAAUUUUUCCACGAAUGCUCAGGCUUAGAAUUUCUCGGUGUAAAUAUUGAAGUGCAGAGAUGGCAUGGUGGACACUAUAUGGUAUCAGGCGGAAAUGACGGUGUAGCUGGUUUUGAUAUAUUUAGUGUUUAUUUUUUUUUUAGCCAAUGUUUUGGUGAUAUGUCUAGUGCUGAUGAGGAUAUGCACUAUGUAUUUGAAGAAAAAGAUACAUUAUUACCAAAAUUUGCAAGCACGCCUCAGCACAACACUAUGCUUUUGGUAAACCAUGAUUCAAAAACAGAUUUAUAUGUUAAAUAUUGUAAAAUAGUUGAUGGUCAUGCAUGGACUGUAGUGGUUGCAAAUUAUAUAGUAAAAAACAAUCUAGAUUCUAGAAUAUUAUUAGAAAAUAUUGAUAAUUAAUUGUUUCUAACUUUGUUUUUAAUUUAGACAACUAUAUUUACUAAACAACAAUAAUUUUCCUAUUGUAA